AUGCCGUCUGCGCCAUCCUUGGACACCCUGUACGAUUUCAUUGUUGUUGGCGGUGGCACUAGCGGCCCCGUCGUUGCCCGCAGGCUCGCGGAUGCCGCCCCUGGUGCUCAGGUACUCCUCAUCGAAGCGGGACCAGGAAACCAGGACAUUAUUAUGUCUCGCAUGGCGAUGGGAUGGCAGAACAUUCACUUCACUGAACACGAAUGGGGCUAUGAUACUGAGCUCACUGACGCUACCCUUUUCCAUGACGUCAGUGGCCUCAAUGGCACCCUGAUGAUACGUGGAACCAAAGCCGACUAUGAUGAAUGGGCAGAGUUCGGAAACGUUGGCUGGUCUUGGGACGACCUGCUUCCACUCUUCAAGAAGUCCGAGAAGUUCUUCUCUACCGAAGGUUUCCCAGCUGCAGAGGAGUACCAUGGCACCGAUGGCUUGCUGCAUACAACCGUUCAUCCUCUCGCUCCAAUUAGCGAGGCUAUGCUCAAGUCGUACAUCGACCAAGGAUACGACUACAAGCCUGACAUGUUUGUCUCCGGUGGAGGCGAAGGUGUCGGACACGCGACUAGGACCGUUCAUGAUGGCAUCCGCACCAGCGGCGCUGACUUUGUGGACAACAAUCCUCCGGCGAAUCUUCAGGAGAAGUUCAAAGCCGUUGGUGUCGAAGCCGAAGUCAAGAACCCAAAGGAUGGUUCUAUCAGGUCCAUUAUCCUUAAAGCCAAGGAAGAGAUUAUUCUCUCCGCUGGUGCAUACAACUCUCCCUUCAUCCUGCUUCACAGUGGUGUCGGCCCUAAGGAACAUCUUGCGCGAUAUAAUAUUGAGACUAAACUCGACCUGAAGGGUGUUGGCUCCAACCUCUCCGACCAUCUGAUUGUCUUCCAAUUCUACUACCUUAAUUCCCGUAUGACCUAUGAUCAUCUGAUCUAUCCACCUGGGGCCCUCGAUACGACCGUUCAGGAAUGGAUUGAGAACAAGACUGGCGUCAUGGGCCGCUUCCCAUUUGGACCCUUUGCGUUCCUGCGUGCGGACAAGAUUAUGGAGGAUGUGUCCGAGUGGAAGGACGCUAAGGAGAAGAAUCCGAACAGCGAUCCCAUGGGACAGAAGCCCGGUCAGCCUCACAUUGAAUACUUUUCAACCGAACUUUACGGCGGUGGUCCGCAACACAUUCACCUUCCCACGCGCGAUGACGAGAGCUGUUUCGCCACCUUGACUAUGUUAUGCGGCCCCCAGUCCCGUGGAACUGUUCGCCUCCGGUCAUCCGAUCCUCGCACAAAGCCUAAGAUCGAUCACAACUAUCUCUCCUCGCCCCUCGAUGUCGCUCUUCUCGCUGAAGGCUGCCGACACGUGCACAAUGUUGUGGUAAACGGUGCUGGCACAAGGGACCACAUCUCUGGCGCUUGGCCCAAGACGAGAAUGUACCCAGAGAGCACCGAGGAGUGGAGAGAGUAUGUCCGUCAGCAAGCUGGUACAUGCUACCAUCCCUCAAGUACGUGCAAGAUGGGGCCGGACACCGAUGAGGAAGCUGUCGUCGAUCCCAGGCUACGUGUAAGGGGAGUUAAAGGCCUCCGCGUCGCUGAUAUCUCAAUCAUGCCCAAGCUUAACAACGGGCACACCCAAGCUCCCGCUUACAUGAUUGGCGAGAAGGCUGCCUCGCUCAUUUUGGAAGAUCACAACCUUGCUGUCACUCAUUAA